CUGGCCCGUUCAAUUGUGCCUUACAAUAAUUUAAAGACAAUACCUACCACUGAGCGUAAACGUUCUGAAGGCAGUGGCAGUCUUUUAGUGGGAUUGCCUUUUAUACGCCUUGUGACUACAACUGUAUCCUCGUCCCGACAGUGGCGGGCGGGCACGUGCGCACACUCUGGCUGACGUCAUCGGCGUGCUUUGGACUGCCCGCAUUCGGCGAAGAUGACUUGUUUUUUAAAAUCUUGGUGGUGCUUUUUAACAGACGCAGAAGUAACAGCCACAUUCGAAUGUAUCUUUAAACAAUGGAUCUUUACAGAUUGACAGGGAUUGUUGUGCAGUUUUGGCUGUUAUGCCUACUGUGUGUCCGAUGCCAGCCUCCAGCCAUCGAGGGCAUUCUUAUUGACUUCAGUCAAGAACCUCUUAAAGAAUGGAAUACUGAAAUGCCAAGAGUGGUAAAAGGCACAAAGAUGUCCUACAAAUCAGUGCAUAACCAAAUAGUUUAUCAAGUGUGCAACUCUCUCUACAAACAAGAGAACAAGCGGUUCUGGAGUGACUGGACAGAUAAGGGAGAAGCACAACAUCUCUUUCUAGACUUGGAAUUUGCUAUUGAAACCUGUGAACCAGGUUUUCUAGUUUGCACUAAUCAACUGCAUGUCUACCUGAUUCAGUCAGAAAAUGAAGAGAGAAUUAGUUUCACCAAGGCAAAAAAAAUUGAAGUAAACAGUGAAAAAUAUGUUGCGUAUAAUGCUGAUGUACAAACGAUUUUUGAACAUAUCAACAUUUUUUCUGGUAUUUAUCUUGGAUCCCUUUCCAGGUCAGGAUUCUAUUUGGCAUUUGAAUAUGAUGGACCAUGUCUAUUCCUGGUCAGGUCAAGGCUGUAUUAUAAAAAGUGUCCCGCAUAUACUGAGAACCUGGUUACCUUCCAGACCAGCAUUGGAGGAACUGGUAACACUGUUGGUACCUGUGUAGAAAAUGCCUUGGAGGAUUCACCCCCAACUAGAGAGUGUCAAAUAGAUGGGCUUUGGGGGAAUUUGCAAGGAUACUGUACCUGUGACAAAGGCUUUGAACAAAAAGAACAUAUCUGUCAAGCUUGCAAGAUGGGGUUCUACAAGCCAGCAAAUGAGACUGGCCCAUGUCGUCAAUGUCCACCAAACACCAUAACAACAAAACAUGGAGCAGAGCUGUGCAUUUGCAUUACAGGGUUCAGCCGAUUGAACACUGAUCCUCUAGAUAUGGGCUGUACUAAGCCUCCGUCUCCACCUCACAAUCUUACAUUCAUACGGACUCCAACUUCUAUAAAAUUGUCCUGGGAACCUCCACGAGACACCGGAGGGCGAGAUGACUUGGAAUAUCAUGUUACCUGUAUGUUUAUAGCUCAGCCUGAGAUCAUUGAAUGGAAGACAUGUGGGAAUACUAUCCAGUAUUCACCACAGGGACAAAAUUUAAUCAACACUACUGUAUGGAUCACUGGUCUUCAAAUGGAGUAUGAGUACCAUUUUGAGGUUGAAGCUGCCAAUGGAUUAUCAACUUUUGAGUCCAGGGGGAGCUCUAUAAUUUCUAUUAACAUCUUCAAUAAAGAGUCUUCCAUCUUAUCCUCAACAGUAGUGCAGCAAAAAGAAGGAGGAAUAUUUUACUAUAUUAUUGGUGGAGUGGGACUUCUGCUAGUAGUAGUCCUGAUUGUGAUCUCACUGGUAGCGGCCCUUCGGAAGUCCAGGAAACUUUGGUCUGAAGGGGAAGUGGAGCUGCAGCUCCUCAACUCUGGGCGGACCUACAGACGACAUCCUCAGGAGAAUAGGGCAUCUUCUCAAGAGCUGUGUCAACAAAUCCAAAACUUUCAGACUGUUGGCCUCAGUGAGGAACUAAAAACAAAACUUCAAGGGGUUCUUGUGGAUCGCAGUCUUCUGACUCUGGGAAGAGACCUGGGAGCAGGGGAGUUUGGGAAUGUCUACAAAGGAAUAUUCCAAGCAAAAAACAGUCAUCAAAUUGAAGUGGCUGUGAAAACCAUGAAAGUGGGGAUCUACAGUUUGGAAGAACUGGAGUCAUUCCUUAAGGAAGCUGAGCUUAUGCAGAAUUUUGACCAUCCCAAUGUGAUGAGUUUAUUAGGAGUCUCACUUGAAUCAAGAACUGAAAGCAAAAUCCCGAUUCCUUUGGUCAUUCUACCCUUCAUGAAUCAUGGAGAUCUGCGACGUUUUUUACUAGCGACCCGACAUGGAGAAAUUCCUAUGUUUGUACCCUAUCAGACACUUCUGCGUUUUAUGAUUGAUAUAUCUUCAGGGAUGGAGUACCUCUCUUUCAAGGGAUUUUUGCACCGUGAUUUGGCUGCACGAAACUGUAUGAUUGGAGAUGACCUCAGGGUGUUUGUUGCUGAUUUUGGCCUCUCCAAAAAAAUCUACAGUGGCAAUUAUUACCGCCAGAAAAUAGCCAUUCGGAUGCCAAUAAAGUGGAUGGCUAUAGAGAGUUUAGCAGAGUCUGUGUACAGCAGUAAGAGUGAUGUGUGGUCUUUUGGAGUGACCAUGUGGGAGAUUGUAUCGCGAGGACGAAUCCCAUAUCCCGGGUUACAGAAUCAUGAAUUGCUUGAAUACCUAGAAGCAGGAAAUCGAUUGAAGAUGCCUUCAGAUUGUGACCAAAAGCUAUAUGAUCUGAUGUGUUCUUGCUGGCAAGCAGAUGCGGUGGAGAGACCUGACUUCACAUACCUGAACUUGAACCUUAGGAGACAACUAGAUGCUCUGCCUCCUGUCCUAGCCAAAGAAGAAGCAUAUUACAUCAAUAUGGGCCUAGAAGCAGCAGCAUAUGGUGGAGAAAGUUUAGACGAGGGAGAUAUGGGAAAUAUGUACUUGCCCUCACCCAAAGCUGCCUCUCCGAACAGCACAGGCUGAACCGGUUGGCAGGACACUGACACUUUCAGGGCAGAUGCAUGUAAAUCCAAAUGUGGAUCAUUUAGGCACAUACCUGCUUGCAGCUUACUUUUCCAGUUGCUGGCUCUACUGGAUAGAGAGAGAAAAAAGAAGGGGAUGUAUUUAAAAAUAUAUGGGUCGCCAUUCAGUACUUAAUAUUUAAUGAAUUUUUGCUGGUCAUAUAAUCAAAUUUAAAUUCAUUUUUUACACAUAUUUUUGAAAAGUAUUUUUUCAGGAUGGUUUUGAAUUUUUAGUUAUGCACUUUUUAAAACAGUGUCUUUUUUACCUUUAACUACUAAUACAUAUUGUUAGUGCUUACUAUGAAAAUGAUUAUAAUCUACAAUCAUAGUUAUAGUAAAACAAAAUCCAAACUGGGUACAAGUACUCAAACAUACUCUUAAAAUUUGAAUUGUAAACAGUGUGUUAUUUUGUCACACCUUUUGUUUUACAAAUGAAAAGUGUUAAAAGAAUAUAUACAUCUGCUUUUAGGACAGCGUUUCUUAGCUUUUAAGUAUUUGCGACCCGAGUUUUCAUAACAGUUUUAAUCGCGCCCCCCUAACGUUUUUUUGGUUUGAGCCCACUAAUUCCAGUUUGUUCUUUUUUAAUUAAUGAUAUAUCAUAGUUGCAUAUUUUAUUAUACCUACAUAACUUUUAUCCACAUUUAUAUAACUCUAUAUUUAUUUUUCUAUUAUCAGAAUGUAGUUUAAGUUCAUUUGUUUUGGUUUCAAUAGAUGUACUUUUUUUCUUCUUUUCACAUCUUUGUGCCCCCCUUUUUGUUAGUUCGCGCCCUCCUAGGGAGAGAACCACUGUUUUGGAGAUGUUGCUUGCCAGCUGAGGAGGUUGGUUUUACUAUUCUGGCCUUUGCAUAGCUAACAGAGGACACAUGGUUUGAAGACUGAGGGCAUAUGUUGAUAAGAACAUAAUGUAGUAAUCAACUUGAUUAUUCAGUAAUAAUCCAUCAUCGUUAUUAUCCAUGGGCCCAGCAUUAAAAUAUAAAGUUGCUCUGAAGCAAUGGUUCUCAAUACAAUACCUGAUGAUUUUGUUUUAAUCCACUUCUUAUUCCAUGACCAGUCACUACAUCUUAAUUCAUCCAAUGAUCCAUCCAUUUGUUGAACUUGGUUCUUCUAUUAUAGAGCACAGGGAGCCAGAACAUAUUCAGGCAACAAUGGCACCAGGUGGAAUCCCUUCCACCCGUCCAUCAAGAGCCACAUUUUUCCACACAGCUACAUAUACACAUAACAGGCCAGUUUAGUGGCUGUGGUUUGGGAUGUCAUAAGAAACCUGGCUGCCAAGAGAAAGGCCACACCGACUGUGGCAACAACAACAACAUUUAUUUCUAUAGCACAAUUUGAUGGAUGUAACUCGAAAGUGCCUUACAAGAUGUGAAAGAAAUAGUUACAAGUAAAGAAAAACAAAUUAAAAUUAGGUAAGAAUAAAUAUGCAUAAAUAACAAAAAAAAUCAAUAUGGACUUGCAUAAAAUAGUUACAUAUUUAGUAGAAAGGUAUAAUUUUAUAUAUAGUAUCCUAUUCUAUGUCUCUAAAGAUGAGUAUAAUGAUAAGGUCAGAUUCCAGGAGGACAGAAGAAAUAAAAAAAAUACUCCAGAUAAGUUAGAGAAAAAACACAUUCUGCAAGGGUUUCAACUUCCAAAACUGAAAGACUACUCAGCCCCCCCUUGGAAUUCUAUCUAACAUAAAUGUUCUUUUAAGUUGUUACUUUUUGUUUUUAGGCUUUGUCCUAGUGGAUUUGAUGCAGUGCGUCUCAUCAACAACCUGGGCACCCACCUUCAUUCAAGCAUCACAGCCAGCUAAACAGUG